AUGAGCAGGCUCUCUAUCCAGAGAUCCCAAAGUGGGAGCUACAGCAGUGGUUCUGCCAUUUUGCCUGGCAGGGGCCGGAGAGUGGCUGGAAGCUCCUCUGUUGUGAGAUUCGGAAGCUCUUCUAGAGGCAGAGGGGCUGGCUCCAGCAGUCAGAGCCUCAUCAACCUCGGGGGGAAAAAGAGCAUCCUUUCCAGUGUGGCAGGUGGAGGCCUUGGCCAAGGAAGCCUGGGAUAUGGAGGCUACACAGUAGGAGGCUUUGGAAGUGGACGUUUUGGUGGUGGUUUUGGAGCAGGUGGCUUUGGUGGUCUGGGUGGUGGGCCCUUUGGCCCCAAUGCCUGCCCUGGUGGGAUCCACGAAGUGGUCACCAACCAGAGCUUGUUGGAGCCUCUGAAUGUGAAGAUAGACCCUGAGGUCCAACAGGUCAAGACCCAGGAGCGGGAGCAGCUCAAGGUCCUUAAUAACCAGUUUGCUACCUUCAUCGAUAAGGUGAGGUUCCUGGAGCAGCAGAACCAGGUGCUGCAGACCAAGUGGGAUCUACUUCAGCAGCUGAAUGUCAGCACCCGCCCAACCAAUCUGGACCCAGUCUUUGAAACCUACAUCAGCCUCUUGCGGGGACAGGUGGACAAUCUCAAGUCCCAGAAGAACCAACAAGACUUGGAACUGAAGACCACUCAGGACUCAGUGGAAGACUUCAAGAAGAAGUAUGAAACAGAAAUCAACGCCCGUACAAAUGCUGAGAAUGACUUUGUGGUGCUCAAGAAGGAUGUGGAUUCUGCCUACAUGGUUAAAGUUGAUCUCAGCACCAGAACCAACAGCGUGCAGCAAGAAAUCGAUUUCCUCACAGUCUUGUAUGAGACGGAACUGGCCCAAGUGCAGAAAACUGUCAGUGACACCAAUGUGAUCCUUUCCAUGGAUAACAAUCGCACCCUGAACCUGGAUGGCAUCCUGGAUGAGAUCAGGAGUCAGUAUGAUGACAUUAUCCAGAAGGGAAAGACGGAAGCUGACGCCUUGUACCAGGCCAAGUACGAAGAGCUUCAGGUUACUGCAGGAAAACAUGGUGAUGAUGUCAAGGUACUCAAGGCCGAGAUCAGCGAGCUGAACCGAGUCAUUCAGAGACUACGGGCAGAAAUCGACCGGGUCAAGAAACAGAGUGCUGCUGUGCAGGAGUCCAUCCUGGAGGCUGAGCAGAAGGGUGAGAAAACAGUCAAAGAUGCCCAGAACAAACUGGCCCAUCUGGAGGAUGCCCUGCACCAGGCCAGGGAAUAUCUCACUCGAUUGCUUCGGGACUACCAGGAGCUGUUGACUGUCAAGUUGGCCCUGGAUGUGGAGAUUGCUACCUACAGGAAGCUGCUGGAGGGAGAAGAGAGCAGGAUCUCUGGAGAGGUCUCCAGCACUGUGAGCUACUCUGUGGUUACCAGCAGCAUCUCAUCAAGUGGGGCAGCAUCAACAAGCCUUGGUUUUGGGGGCAAGAGUUCUGGAGAUGGAAGCAGCAGAUCCAGCUCUGGAGUUGACUAUAGCUCUGGCACCAGAUCUGGCUCUACUCGUGCUACUUUUGGAUCUGCAGGCACAAGCUCUGGAUCUGGAGCCCAGGAAUCUGGCUCUAGGAAGACCCAGGGCUACAGCUCAGGGCAGGGAAGCCAGGAAGGCUCUUAUACCCGAGUGAAGUUCUAA